UCUGAUGAAACUGUGACAGCAAACUGUCCAAGAGAUGCUUUACUAAGGUUGAUCAGGCGGAUCAAUCCAAACAUCUUCAUGCAUGGGGUUGUCAAUGGCACAUACAAUGCACCAUUUUUCCUGACAAGGUUCAGGGAAGCACUCUUCCACUUCUCAGCAUUGUUUGAUAUGUUUGAAGCUAAUGUGCCACGUGAAGAUCCAUCAAGACUUAUGUUUGAAAAAGGGUUGUUUGGAAGGGAUGCGAUCAAUGUGAUAGCAUGUGAGGGAGCAGAGAGGUUUGAAAGGCCAGAGACCUACAAGCAGUGGCAGGUUAGGAACCAGAGAGCAGGGUUCAAGCAACUUCCAUUGGCACCAGAUCUUGUGAAUAGAGUGAAGGAAAUGGUGAAGAAGGAAUAUCAUAAAGAUUUUGUAGUUGAUGAAGAUGGCAAGUGGGUUUUGCAGGGAUGGAAAGGACGUAUUCUUUUUGCUACUACUUCUUGGGUUCCAGCUUGAGCAAUGACUGACUCCUAAGUCCUAACCUACUCAUUGCCUAGGAAAAUUGUUUUAGGUGUAAGGUGCAAGAUUAAGGGUGUAUUUAUUCUUGAAUACAAAUGAAUCAUGUUCAUAUUUUAUUUCAAUUUGAAUAAUGUGUAAAUACACUCCUCAUCUGUGCACUUGUGAACUAGGUCAGAAGACACAAUCUCCUCUGCAAUCUCCUAUUGGAGAAGAAUAUAUAAUAGUAUUUACAUCAAUGUGCUAAUUGCUCUGCAAUCUGCAGUGAGAUGCUUUGAGCAUCCUAGGAAUGUAGGAUGAGUUUGGCACUUAUUAAAUAUCUUCAUUAUUGCCCA